GGAAGGAGAGGCAGAGAGCUGUCUUCUCUACUUGGUAAAAGGGCGUGACGGAUGGUGUGCAUUUCUACGCAUUCUGCGUGUACGUAAAAACGGUUUUUAAUUAGCUCUAUAUCACUUGGCGUGUGAGCCCAAAAGCCAUCAAAGCCUAAGGAGAAACCACUUAAAACGGAAGUUAGCCCGCAAACAAGAAGAGGAAAACGCAAGAUACUAACAAGAAUGGAGAUGGAGAACACUCAGAACAGGAAGAGAACAAGGGAUCAAGGAGAUGAGAACAGAGACUCCCACAAAGGGAAGAAACCAGAAAGCAUCAGUUCCAUGGCUGAAUAUUCCUCGUGCAAUGAUGAAAAGGGCUAUGAAUUCCGUGAUGGCGUUGGAGUUUUCGAUUUUCCAUGGCUCAAAGAGGGCGUGAUAUUCAAAGCAGACGAGUACUUGGAUCCCGACGAGAAGUUUGCACCGUCGUCGUAUCUGGAUGAUCAAGUUCCGGGGACAUUUUCUGCAAAUCUUGAUCAAUGCUGUGUGCAAAAUUCACUUGUUUCUCCAGACAUGGGUUGUAGUAAUUUACAUGAGAAAGAAUUAGAUGAUGACAGGUUCUUGCGAGUCGAUGAUCUGGAAACGGUCGACUACUGCAUUUGGAGCUGUGUCAUCGAUCAGCCUCUUGAUGUUGGUUUGAUCAGCAAGGGUUAGGACUUAGGCGUACAGCCGAAAUUACGGUGAAGACCGUGAAAAAAGUAGUUAAUUUUUUUGCGGAGAAACUAAGGAACCGCGUUUCUUGUGGCUUUGUGUCCCAGAAGAGAUGAAGUCCGGAGUUGCCUUGGCCAUGUACCUACACAUCAGAUGAAACCAGGCAAGGCACAUGUCUGAAGAAGUUAAAUUGGUGGUUCCGAAAUAAGAGCGGCAUCAUCAUAUGCAUAUGCAUAUGGAUACAAGGAUGUUGGUGUUGGUGUUGAUUGGGAUGAUGAUGUCCCGAUCAUUAUGAUGUUACUGUUAGCCCCAUGAUUGUAGCUUGUAGGGCACUAUAUAUAUAUAUAUAGUGGUGUAAUAAUACCAUUUUUGUACCAUGAUAGAUUAUACUAUUUUAAUA